AUGAAAUUCAUAGCUAUAACUAUAGUAUUAGCAAUUAUCUGUCAAAUUGCUUCAGCACAAAACUAUGUAACUUUUAGAACAGAUAUAAACUGUGCUGGUGGUUGUGAUUUCGAAAAUCCUAGCAAUUGGGAUAACCUAGUUGUGCCAGGCCCUACUGACGACGCUCUCAUUGAUUUUUCGAAAUAUACUCUAUCGAAUAGCGCCAAUGUCUUUGUCAACGCAUAUAUCAACGUCAACUCGAUCACUAUUAUUGGAGCUGCACCACAUACCAACUUUACCUUUUCAAUCAACAAUGACCUCAUUACCGACAAUUUCCAAGCAUCGGGAAAUGUCGUGGUCAAUGUAGGCGACAACAGUCAGAUUUACAUCUAUUCGACAUUGACACUCGAUGCACCAUUAAGAACUGGCAAGAAUGUCCUCAUGGUCAUUAUGACCUUGGCCACCUCUGAAGACAGCGUACUCUCUCUUGGUCAAAACAAUCAUCUAAAGGUCACUGUCACCACAUCGGUUGCUGGUUCGUUGACUUCACAAGAAAACGUCGACAUCCUCCUCGAAGGAUACUCUGUUUUCACAAGUGAUGUCACCAUCAUUGGCACGAUCAAUAGCACUGGUACCCUCUCCUUUGUCAGUGGUUCAGUUGUCACUAUUACAGGCGACUUUAUUUCCAACGCCGAUGUCUCGCUAGACUCUGCCGUCAUGAUGGUCAAUGGCAACUUUGAAGCCACCCAAAUUUCAGUUCAAGACGAAUCCAAACUAUUCAUCUCUACUCCAACUGGCUCAACCUCACAUUUCACAACAACCAUUUCCAACAUCACCACCGAUGACCAAUCCACCUUUAUUGUUCAAAAUCAAAGAUGCUCGAUUCACAAAUAUAACAUUUCAACAGCCUCUUUUGACAAUCUCAACCUUUUCAUGACCAACGGUGCCGCCACCUCUAUUAUAAAUAACAAUCCCAACCAAUAUGCCGAUAUUACAAUGUCUACCAUCGGUAGCCUUACAACCAGUGUUGCCAAACAACCAUUCGAACUCUACCUUGGCACAUCCAAAGUCACCAGCCUCAAUGCUGUCAGCUGUACUCUUCUUGUCAGUGGUGGUGAGGUUUUCCAAAACAACGUCGUCUCUUUAACCGGUAAUUCAUCCAUUCAAAUCGAACCUCCUGUUGGAAACGUAUUGAUCUUGAAAAACUCGACCAUCACUGCAAAAACGGUCUUUGUUACCUCUGCUUCCAUCAGUAUCGAACAAAACAGCCAACUUAAUGGUGACAUGCAAUUGGACCAAUCCAUUUUGGAAUUCUCCAACGGAGCCCAACUUUCUAUUAGUGGAAACUUGCUUAUUCCAUCCGAUUUUAAUGUUACAGUUGAGCAACUCGCCUCCACUACAUCUUCUGCUCCAAUCAAUGUUGGUGGGCAAUUUAAAUUUGCUGGUGAACAAUUCAAUGUACUCAAUCUUGGCUCCAACCAAAUCAAUCCAUCCGCCACCUAUUACAUUCUUCAAUUAAAUGGUGACUUGUCCAUUGACACUUCAGCUUGUACCUAUUGGUCUAACAACAACAAUAACAAUGCCCACUUUGCAGUAUCAUCAGUUGGACAAUAUGAUUAUUUAAAGAUUAAUUUUUAA